AUGACCAGACCCCCUGUAACCUGUCACAUCCUUGACACCACAACAGGAAACCCAGCAGAGGGCGUUGUAUGCUCAAUAUUCAAGCUACAUGUUGAAGAGGCUUCAUGUGGUGACGAUCAUACUUACAAUACCUCAGACUCUGAACCUUUUGCUUUAGCGAGAACAAACUCCGAUGGCAGAAUAGGUGAGUGGGUUUUUACUCCCGAUGUAUCGAAACGCAGUCUGCUGGAAAAGAUUGGGAUUGUUGAAAAAGACUCGCGGCUGCAAUGGCAUAUAUUGGUCCCAGGCUUUUACAAAAUUCGGUUCCAAACUGGAAAGUAUUUUGCGCGCGAGGGCAAAACUACAUUUUUCCCGUUUGUUGAAAUCGCAUUCGAAGUGACAGACAGCAGACACUACCAUAUUCCACUGCUUUUGAGUAACUAUGGGUUCACAACUUACAGGGGCAGCUAG